AGAUUAAUUUGUUUGAGAUCUGAUUGGAUGUUGUGGGCUGGACAUUCAUGUGAUACAAUAAACAUGCAGAAACAAUCUCUGCUUUAGACUGGAUCGAUGGUUUAAGGAGGAAACCACCAGAAGAAGGCAGCAUGAUGGGUGAAGAGAACCAGAACUUCAGCUAUGAUUAUGACAUGAACUAUACAUACUAUACACUGGAUGAUCAUUUCGUUACAUUAGAGGAACAUCUUCCGUUUGCAUCUGUGAUCAAUGCUGUGUGCUACAGCAUCAUCAUCUGCAUCAGUCUACCAGGAAACAGCUUCUUGCUCUGGGCCCUUCUGAUGCAUGAGGGUUUGAAGAGCUCCGCUGACUUAUUUCUUCUUCAUCUCACCGCAUCCGACAUCAUCUUCACUUUCACGCUGGUCCCCUGGACCGUCAACCACAUCUGUGGCUGGAUCUUCAGUGAGAUGUUUUGCAAGCUGUCCAACCUGGGCAUCUUCCUGGGCUUGUACAGCUACAUGUCGUUCCUCACAGUCAUGACGGUCCACCGCUACAUUGUGAUCGUGCAUCCGGUGUUUGCUACAUCCGUUAGGAAUUCUUUCAGAAUCACACACAUCUCAUCCGUCUUGGUGUGGCUGAUCUCUGCAGGCUUCUCUCUUCCCGAAGCGUUCUUCUCUGGAACUGUAAAUGUUCCUGACGGUGUCUUCUGCGCUUCCCACUAUGACUCAAUGUUCUCGGAGUUGUUUGGAUAUUUCACUCAGAUCAUUUUCUUUUUCACGCUGCCCUUCCUAGUUAUUGCAUUCUGUUAUGGCCGCAUUGGAUUCACCAUCUACAAAAGCCGCAUCACAAGCAGAAACAGACGUAACGCCGCAUGUUCUAUUUUCACCAUUGUCAUGGGCUUCUUCGUCUGCUGGACACCGUACAACAUCUUCCUCUUCCUCUAUGCAUUGAAGAUUUUGGGUGUCCAUGGAUUGCAGGGGUCAGGGUUGGAGAAAGUUUUCGAGAUUGUGUACUGUAUCACUCACAUUCUUGCUUACAGCCACUGCUGUCUGAACCCUCUCAUACACAUCUUAGGAGGAAAUAAGUUCAGGAGAUACCUGCCGUGGUCCAGAUGCUGUACUUGGUCAUCACAGAGAUACAGAAGAUAUACUUACACCAGUCAGAGCAGCUACUCAGGACAAACACAUCUCUAAAAAUAUAUGAAUCAAUGAGAAAUAACAAUAGCUGUGAAAUCUUUGAGAUAAUAAAAAUAAGCUAUUAUUUUUAGAAAAAUUCAACAUGUUCAACAGGUGCGUUGUCAUCACUGUUUCUUUAAAUUGCUUUUCUAAUAGGUCCUUAUAUGUAGUAGGUUCCAAUAUGUGCCAUUUGGGGCACUAACAUGCCCUCUUUAGCCACAAAGGUGUACGUUUUUAAAGGGUACCGUGACAGCUUUUGUAAAAAAAAAAAUCUGAGAGUGAAUGAUAAUUUGUCGAAUUCAGAGAAGCGUUGUAAGUACUGUGAUGUGUCACCAAACUUUCCCGUAAGAGGAACAAAGACAAAAGCAGAAGGAAAACCAAAAGUUUAAAAACAAACUGCUAAUGCGUUUGAGUGGGCCUAUGAAAAUUAGUAUUUGUGUUAAUGUAAGCAAGUUUCUUAAAGGGAUAGUUUACCAAAAAAUUAAAAUUUUUGAGCCUGUAUUAAUUUAUUUGUUGUGAUGAACACGAAUGAAGA